GUUUUCAUUGUUGGAUUUUUGAUUCUCUUGGAUUUUAUUUUCUUUUUUUUUCAAUCAAUUUAAUUAUUUAAAUCAAUUUUUCUUUUUUUGUUUCUUGUUUAAAAGUGACAUUUUCUUUUACUCAUUAUGAGUAACAAUCCAUUUAUUGUCUCGGCUCAUGGUCAUCCGAGUUUUAAUCCGGUGAAAAUUGGAUCAAGAGGAUCUUCUAGUUCGGAAAAUAGGUUAGCCAAACCACCCAAACCUCCGGACAAACCUGUGGUUCCUUAUGCAAGGUACGGUCGAAAAGGGUUUCAAUCGCCUCAGAAACAGAAUGAUGGUAAAGUUUCAAUACAAGGUAUUGAAGAAGAGGAAGAUGGCGAUGAACUUUCGAUUAAACAUAUUGCAAGUGCAAGAUUCACUCGGAAUCAUAAGUUAAUCAAUGAGAUUUUUAGUGACACUGUGGUACCUGAUGUUAGAUCUGUUGUAACAACUGCAAGGAUGAAGGUUUUAAAAAAUCAAGUUCAAUCAUUGACAACACAUCAGAAAAAAUUGGAAGCUGAAUUACAACAGAUUGAAGAGAAAUUUGAUUCAAAGAAGAGAAAAUUUUUGGAAGCCAGUGAAACAUUUCAAGAAGAAAUGAAGAAACGUUGUUUAAUUAAACCAGUUGAUCCGGCAUCUUUUCAGGCAAUGGUUGAUAAAGCUUUCCAACAAAUAAAGAAAGAACAAGCUCAAAAGGAAGAAGCUCGUAAAAAGAAGGAGAGUGAGGAGAGACAAGCGGCACUUUUAGCCCAAGAAAAAGCGGCUACUAUGGACAUACGACCAGUCGACCCAAAUCAACCCGCUCCUGGUCCUCGUUCAUAUCCACCACCUACUACCACUAUUCAUCCAUCUGAGAUGCCCAAUAAUGGGCAAUCACCAAUGAGUCAAACUCCUGUAACAAAUACUGAGACAACCGUUGUUCCAGUUCCAGUGUCUGUCACCACAGCUCCUCCACCGGCUUCCUUACCACCGCCUCCACUUAUAGCUCAACCACCAGUUUCUCAUUCUCAAGUCCACGAUCAAUCUCAACUUGCCCAAGGUCAAUAUACACAAGCUGAGCUUAGACCUCAAUUGCAACAUCAGCAUCAAAUUCAAGCUGAACCGAUUAAUAAGAUGCCUCCUCAUCCAUCAUCUCACAUGGACCCACACAUGUCACACUUGAACCACCAAAUACCAUCAUGGUCUCAACCAACGAUUCCUGAUGAACGCUCCGACUAUCCACCUCAACCACCUCAAUUGGUCCAGGCACCUCCACAUCAUCAACAUUUGCCUCCAGUUGAACAACCAUUACCACCAUUCAAUCAACAGUCAACAUUACAAUCUACUCUUUACUCUCAACACUUGAGUAAUCCUGAGCAUCCAUCAGCUGUUUCUAUCGCUGCUUCUGAAAGCUCUAAUACCACUACUAUUCAAAUUGAAGCUGUUCCAGCUAAUCAAGCCAUGCAACAAACUAAACCGAUUGAUGAUGAUGAUAAACAUAAAAUGGAAAUAGAACCUGUAAUUAUGCCUGACCCUCCAAAGAUCGAUAUGCUUAAAUCAAAAGAUGAGAAGAUGGAUAUUGACGAAUCAAAGGAUCAAGAUAACGAAUCGUUUGAAGAUAAAACUGAAAUUGUCAUCACCCCGGUUCCCGCUAUUGAACCAAGGCCCGAAGAAAAGGAUAAACACUUACAGCCUUCUCAUUCUAUGCAUCAACCUCAUCAGAUGAUUCCUCAUCCUUCCAUCCCAGAACCAUCCGUUCAACCUCAUCAAGAACCUCAACCAGUGGCCCAACAGGUUCAUCCUGAAGCACAACCUGAGUUACAAUCAACACCUCAUCAGCAUUUGCCGAAUCCUGACCCACAACCACAACCACAAAAUCAAUUAGAUCAAACUCACCAAUUCCAAACAAACCACCCAUCACAAUUGCCACCACCACCACCACCGAUUGCUCCACAGAUACCACCUGAAUUACCACCUCAGGUAACAACUGAACAUGAGCCCCAGUUGCAAUCUCAACCUUCCCAGCAAGAGUUUGUUCAAGAACAACAACAACAAGUUCAGCAGGCAGAACUUCAACAACCGCAACCACAACCACAACCUCAACCACAACCUCAACCACAACCUCAACCACAACCUCAACCUCAACCUCCACCUCCACCUCAACAUCCACCACUUCAAUCACCACCACAACCAGAACAAGAUUCAUCACUAUCCCAACCUCAACCUGAACCACAGAUCCAACUACAAUCUGAACCGCAUCCAGAACCAACUCCUACACCACAGGAACAACCUUCCCAUCAAUCGCCACCACCAGUUCCUCCUCAACAACCACAACCACAACCUCCAACAUCAGCACCAACUUCAAGUGAUGACAAUGACCAAGCUCCAGCCCAGGAAUCAGAGCCGACCCCAUCUACUUGAAAAUUCCCUCAAGUAAAUCACAAUUAGCACAAUUAAAUAAUUUGACUUGAUCCUUGUUCCAAAUAGUUUUUCACCAACAAUCAAAUUAAUUUGAAAUAAUGAAUCACUUACGGUAACAAUACAAGACAAGAAACAAAAAAAAGAAACAACCACAAAUUAAAUUUUUGAUUUUUAAAUGAGAAUCAAUUUUUUUUACUAAACCCAAUUAACUGUAAUCACAUUAAUUGAGAAUCCCUUGUAAUUUUAAUGGAUUGAUUGGAUUUUUUUCUUCAUUAAAAUUACAUCGAAACAAAAGGAAAAACAAAGAAUCAAAAUGUCAACACAACCGAAGCAAAGAAAUAGAAAAACAUUGUUAGGUUGAUUUUUUAUUCUUCUCUCAACAAUUAAGUUUAACUCUCGAAUAUUAAUUGACAAUCCAACUUAAAUUUAUGUCACAACCAUUUUUAAAAUUGUAAUUACACUGAAACUUUUAAUUACCACAAGGAAGAAGACGAUUAACAUGUAAAUGGAAAAAAAGAAGCCAUCGGAACCAGCGAACGGUACAAAUGUACCCGAAUAUUGUGUCUGGUUGAAAAUUGGUUCGAUUACAUUAACACAGUUCGAUAAGAUGGUCCUCGAAACCGAGAAAGAAUGGAUAACCGAUUCUAUAAUUAACGCUUGUCAAUAUUUACUACAAAAAGAGUAUCCGAACAUCGGAGGAUUUCAAGAUGUCCUAUUGACCCAAAUUCAAGGAUUCCAACCAGUGGAAGGAAAAUUUGUCCAAAUAUUAAACGAAAAUCAGAACCACUGGUUCACCGUAUCAAAUAUUUACCGUUCUGAGCCUUCCCAUGUUUCCAUCUACGAUUCAAAAUGUAACGAUCGUAAAGACUAUACCGAUGAGACCCUGAAGCCAGUGUUCGCCAUGUUACCCAACGUUGGUGCGAUUAAAUUUUACCAAGAACAAGUUACCCAACAAUGUGACAAUUCUCAGUGUGGUUUAUACGCGAUCGCUUUCGCGAAGGCACUUUGUUCAUCCCGUAAUCCAGCUGAUAUCCUAUUCUCAGACGAUCCAUCGGUACUGCGAAAACAUCUAAUUAACUGUCUACUUAUCGGUCGAAUCAGAAAUUUCCCCCAAGGAUCAAAAUCACCAGUCGCUGAAUUUAUGAGACCAAAAAGUAACAUAAAGGAUUGAUUGGAACAAAAAAAAAAGAUUCUCCUAAUUAAAUCACUUCGAAAAGAGAUUGAAAGACAAAAGUGUUUCUAAUUGUUGAUCCAAUUUCCAAUUCCCUAUUAAUCGCUAUUCUAACAACACCCAAUAUUAUAAAUCGAAACCAUUACAAUUUAAUUUCUUUCAUUUCAAUUUCUCUUCCAAUUUAAAUAAAAACAAUUGAUUGAAGUUA